AAGCCAUUGCACAACAGACCAAAACAACGCAUACCCUCGUCUUCUGAACUCUGCACUGAUCUGGUACAACCGAGGGCUACGGCGAAUUCUAAUAUAAAUACAACCCACGCGUGAUGCGUGCAGCCCUGAAAAGUCACUUAGAAUGAUUCUUUCAUCUUGCGUCAUAUGGAACUAUCACGGGCUGUGUUCUCUCUGUCCCAUCACCAGUUAGCUCGUGGAAUCCUCAUGGCUACGCUGGUUUGCAACGCAGUGGACACACAAGGUAAGCGUCUUUGCACAGGUACAAUAAAAAUGCCACUGGUAUCGCAAGGUAGCGUUAUGUUGUUAAUGUAUGUUCGUUCGCCAUCUGUGUUACCAACUUGUAGGGUCGGAGCUGUCUGGGUGAACUCCCUUAGCGUUUCGGAGGUUUCGGAGCUCGUGGUGUCUGCCAAAUUAUACUCAUACAGCCCAGCGAACGAUAAGGCAAUAUCCUUCUCCACAUCUCACUCAACUGAGUUUCUCAGACUCCACACUGAUUGACCUACGUCGAAUCCUUGCUUUAUUACGCUCUUGAAGGACAGAUGUAUCCGAGUUCAACGCACUUGACCGAUCAAUCACGACUCUGUAUUUUUCUCUUUUAUGACCCCCACGUUGUUUGACGACUUCACAAUGUCCACGCUUCCA